AUGUGUAGCCCCCCCAGUGCUUCAAGCCAAGUCGACAAGAUAACGUCGUCAACUUCCAACCACUUUACCAACAUUUUCCUCCCCACUCAGUCCCCCCCCUCCUCAGUUCUUCCUUCACAGGACGAUCUGAACUUCAGCACAGCUCCUAGCUCUCGCUCAAGUUCAAUCCGCACUCUCGCCAUUUCGGCCCAAGACUUUCCAGUCUUCACCACGGAUUCAACUCAGUCAACAUGGCCUCCCUCCAGUUCUUCCAGCCUGCCGGCACCAUCCGCGCAUCAGCAACCGCAAGUUCCACAAGUGAAUCUGCACCCUCAGCAGGACUUUGUUCUGUUCGAUACGCCAACGAAGCACCCUCAACCUAGACGCUCUGUCCACAGACCUUCCACCGGAAGCGUUCCCCAAUUGUCACCACAACUGCAACUGCAAUCUGCCUCUGCCUCGCCCUCUGUGCAGAAUCAGCGCGUGUCACAGUUAAUUCAAUCUACUGGCCAUAGCACUUCGUCUCCGGCUUACACCAAUCGGUUCAACUCUCCGCAGAACGCCCAGCAGUUCUACGCAUCCUCUGCUCCAACCUCGACUGUUGCUUUGAACCAGCAAGCUCGUCAAGCUCGCCCACCAGUUCCACUGUUUAAUCAGAGCACCGGUACCGUCCCGCGAAACAACCACAAAAUGAACGCGCAAGGUAAUUUGCCACCCUCUAAGCUUGCGCCCAAGCGCUCUGCGAGACACUGUAGCUCACAUGAUCCCGCAGAUUACGGUCUUGACGACUUCCCGGUCUUCGGGGACAGUGGCGUUGCCGCUUGGGACUCUCCGGCCUUCGACCUGACUGCUAGCGUCUCCAGUGUCGGUAGUGUCAGCAACAUGGGCACCGUGUCUCCUCAGGACUUGCUCCUGCAGGAGCCGUUCAUGUCUGCUCCCAACUCCACUGCCUUCACUGCCCUGACCUCGCCCUCUGUCUACAACGAGUCUCCCGAGUUCAACGACAGCUACGAUGUCUCCCCCAACUUUGGCAAUGCCGACUUCGAUGGCACCUCUGCUGCCGGUGGCGAAGGCUGGUUCUCAUUGUUCCCUGAGGGCUCUGCCGCCGCCUCUGCUGCUCCCCAGCCGCAGGCCCCCGUUGCCCAGACGCCUGCCCCUGUCGAGGACUCUCCUGCCUCCAGCUCUGAUGACCUGGAGGUUGUCGAGCGCAGCUCGGGACAUCAGCGACGCAAGUCUGGUAACUCUCCGUCUUCUCGACACUCUUCUGUCUCUGGCGUCAACUCUCGUCGCCGUGACAAGCCUUUGCCUCCUAUCAUUGUGGAGGAUCCCCAUGACACUGUCGCAAUGAAGCGAGCUCGCAACACUCUUGCUGCUCGUAAGUCUCGGGAGCGCAAGGCUCAGCGCUUGGAAGAGUUGGAGGAGAAGAUUGCCAAGCUCGAGGCAGAGCGCGACCACUGGAAGCAGAUCGCUCUCAACGGUCGCAGUGCUUAA